AAUUAUCCUUACGGAAGUGCUUUGUUUACACCAUUCUUUGUUGAACUGCGUGAAAAGUUAGUUCCCCAUUAUAGAAUCGUUCGGAAGGUUGGAUUCCUCUCCGCCGGAGAUCACGGAAGCUUCGAAUUCCUCCUCGGGCGGUGAGAGCAAACGCCGCGUUCACUACCAUUACUAUCGCAAGAUGAACUCGAUGCCGAAUCAUGCGGAUUUCAUGGAGCUUGGGACGAUCCACCAGCAUCAGUCCACCUGCAAGCAGCACUGCUUCGUGUUCACAGAGAUUGCGGAUAUUGACCUACCUCCGGAGAUUACCAAGUACCCGGAGAAGAUCAAGAAUGGUAGCAUUCACUCGUACAAGAAGGACAGCAUGUCGCCACCGCCUCCGAAGGUGCCGAAAAGUAGACGUUCCAGGAAAAUAAUCGCCGUGGUCUCUGCCCUACUGGUUUGCAUAGCUUUGGCCGCGGGUAUCCCGCUGGGACUUCAACUCAGGUCUUCAUCGCUGCUGGAAGCUCGUUUGGCGUUCAUUAGACGUCUACUGGCGGAAUCCCCGCUGGUUGAAGGUUAUUGGGCGCCACAGAUGGGCGCCAAUUUCAGCAAAAGCUACGCCGAGGUCAAGAACAGUAUGGUAGGGGCGUUGCUGUGGCCUAUUUCUGUUCCGUGUGCCGCCCAAUAUCUGGAUGCGGUUCAAUUGACGCUGGAAGGUAUUGACGACGCUAGGAGGAUGGUGAAGAAGAACAAGGAAAUGAUAAUUGUGGAGAGUGCCGAUGCGAUGGAACAAGCCCAUACCGAUGGGAAGAUGGCGAUUUUGUUCGGCCUAGAGGGCGGUCACACGUUGGGUUCAAGUUUGGCUGUUCUACGUUCUAUGUAUUCACUGGGUGCGAGGUUUGUAUCGUUGACGGGAUUGGGCUGCACCACUCCGUGGGCCAGUGCUUCCAUUAGGACGGACUUUUUCGAUGAGAAUCUUCCAUCUACGCUGACGAACUUCGGAGAGGUUGUCAUCCAGGAGAUGAACCGUCUCGGAAUGUUGGUGGAGAUAUCGCGUCUUUCGGAACCGGCCAUGAUGGUGGCUUUGAAUGUUGCCAAGGCUCCGCUACUGCUGUCCAACGCUCUUCCCUCCUCGAUGGCCUGCAAUGGAUCAACUGCAGCCAUUCCAGAUCAUAUUAUGAGUGCUCUGUCUCAAAAUGGCGGCGUAAUCAUGUUGAACGUGGAGCGCUGUGGAGAUAAACCGAUGAAUCUGAAGGAUGCAAUCGCCGCCAUAAACUACGUCCGCGCCAUUGCAGGAGUUGGCCAUGUGGGGCUGAGCGGUUCACCGAAGAAUUAUCCUCUACUGUUGGCGGAGCUGGCACGGGAUCGUCUGUGGGGAUCAGCAGCCAUCAAGAAGCUCGUUGGAGGCAACAUUGUUCGAGUGCUGAGAGAGGUGGAAAUCAACAAAAAUCGUCUGCCCCUUUCCGAGGAUUGGAUCCCACUGGAAGCGGUUGAGGGAAAUGCCUACUGUCGUUAUCCAGAAACGUAGAUUUUCGCGGUAUUCAAACUUUUUUAGUAUAAAAUGGUUUUACGUCAAAGUAUUAUAGUCAAAUUCUUCCAACGAAACCAAAAAAAAUGGAUUAGCAUUGUGGAAGUUGUUCGAUAAGAGUUUAUUUGAAUCUAUAUUAAACAUGGCCAACAAUACAGAGAACCUACCUAUUUGCAAUGGACAUGACCCAUAGUAAAGUUUUAAAGAAAUUAAAAACAAAAAUACAUCACCAGAUCACCGAGCGCAUAUCAGCAUCAACCAUUCCAACGUAAUUAAUCUGAAUCCCGCACAAGAAGCACCUAUUUUGGGAACAUUUCCACACCAACUCCACGCAUCAUAACAGUGCUUCUACACCCUGUAAAGGUAUAUCGCGUAGUUUAAAAAUUGCUUACGUAGAAAAAAAAAACGUUGACAUUUGGGCCAACAAUAAUUAUUGCUGAAUGAAGAGCAGCACAAUAGAGACACCAUCAAACCAUUGGACGUUAGAGUGAUUCUAUAUGUGAAAUUCUGUUAUAAACAUACGUAUUUAUGAAUAAAUAUUGACUUAAAUACUUCCGUA